CGCGUCCCCCGCCGCGCUCACAUUUCGAGCAUCAUGUAAAGAGUCGGCGACAUUUAUUUGGCGGCGGACGCGUCUGCACAUGCCAGCUAACGCUGAAUAGGCGCUGACAGGCACAUUGGCAAGAACAACGCACGUGUGUGCUUCCCUUGAUGGCCCUCAUCAGCACGCGAGCCCAACUUCCUGCGUUGAGGCCGGUGCCUGAGGCCGUCCCGCGAGGUGGAUAGGGGUGGACUCAGCGGCAGCAGAACGCUCAAAUAGCGGGAGGAUUGCCCGUAAGUGCCUUUCCAGCACUUCCUGGACCACCAUGUCUUCGUUGCUCGAAAAAGUCGCAAGUUCAGAUUCGGAAGUGCAGGUCAAGGCUGUGGACAAGGAUAAGGAUCCUCAUGCGGAACCUCGGGCGGUCAGCAGGAAGGCCGCGCUCAGCGCGUAUAUGACAAUCGCGGCAGCAGCCUUCGGUUUGAUCUCAGAUGGCUACCAAAACAACUUGAUGACUAUGACUAAUGUCAUUUUCAAGAAGAUUCAUGCAAAAGAAUACACCUCGACCGUGUCCACGCGUGUUUCGAAUGCAUUGCUCGUUGGCGAGGUGAUUGGACAAAUCGUCGUAGGACUGAUCUGCGACAGGAUAGGCCGGAAAGCCGCCCUUGUCGUGACGACUCUCCUCAUUGUCAUCGGUGCCAUCCUGGCUACUGCAGCGCAUGGUGCCCAUGGUAGUGUCACAGGUUUGUUUUGGUUCUUGACCAUCGCCCGAGGGAUCACCGGAGUGGGCGUCGGCGGCGAAUAUCCUGCAUCAUCAACGAGCGCAAGCGAGGCUGCGAACGAGAAGAUGGUCGCUAAUCGAGGACCAGUGUUCAUCAUGGUCACGAACUUCGUUCUCUGUUUUGGUGGUCCUUUAUCAGUGUCGAUCUUCCUGAUUGUAUUAUCUGCCGCCGGCGAAAACCACCUCAACACUGUCUGGCGUGUCUGCUUCGGGAUCGGCAUCAUCCUCCCUCUGUCCGUCUUCUACUUCCGGAUGCGCAUGUUCAGUCCGAAGCUAUACCAUGACUCUGCGAUCAAACGCAAAGUGCCCUAUUGGUUGGCCAUCAAGCGGUACUGGCGAUCACUCAUCGGUACUUGUGGCGCAUGGUUUUUGUAUGACUUCGUUACAUUCCCGAAUGGAGUUUUCUCCGGCACUAUCAUCUCUAGUGUGAUCAAGGAUGGUAGCGUCAAGUCAACGGCAGAGUGGCAGCUUCUGCUCGGUGCUAUCGCGCUUCCAGGGGUCUUUGUCGGUGCCGCACUUUGCAACCCGCUUGGCCGGCGUAACACGAUGAUGGUCGGUUUCAGCGGAUACCUCGUCUUUGGUCUUAUCAUUGGCUGUGCAUACGAUAAAAUCACCAAGAUCGUGCCGCUCUUCGUCAUCUUCUAUGGUCUGAUGCAAUCUACGGGUAAUCUUGGACCAGGAAACAUGCUAGGCCUCGUCAGUGCAGAGUCAUAUCCAACCGCCAUUAGGGGAACCUGCUACGGUCUUUCAGCCGCUAUCGGCAAAACAGGAGCCGCAAUCGGCACCCAGGCGUUCACGCCAAUCGAAAACAACCUCGGCAAACAAUGGACGUUCAUCAUCGCAGCGAUCUGUGGCGUCGUGGGCGUGCUCGUGACGUACUUUUUCGUGCCCGACAAGACGGGCAUCGACCUCGCAGAUGAGGACGUGAAGUGGCUCGAGUACCUCCAGGCGAACGGUUGGGAGGGCGAUGUGGGCGACGAUGACGCCGCCGAUGAGGCUGCGCUCGUGGGCGACGUCUAUGACGACCAUAAAAGCGCGAACGAUGAAAAGGCGUAGUGUGGACCACCGACGUGCUCGCUUCGUGUUUGCGGUGGUUAUGACAUUGACGACAUUUGGCGUUGACGGCCUCUACAACGCCUGUGCAUGGUGAUCUUAUAUAUCGUUGCUGAGGUCCCGAUGUUCAAUACCACAGUUUUCAGUACUAGCCGUAACACUACAGCAAUUCGAAGAUGUGCUCAAUAUACAAUAGAUCCAAAGUAACAACCCGCGUAUAGUGUACAUACGGAUAUGCUCGACAAUCGCGCGGCA